CAAUGCCGCUAAGAUGUCUGUUUUAUAAAUAAAUGAAAUGUGGAUUAUAUGAUUUUGUUUUGUUUUCAUAAAUACAUUUGCAUGUUGGCUCUUGCGUCACGCAGAACGCAUUUUGUCAGCACUUCGUUUUGAUAGUAGUGAAGGAGAACGUAGAAAGCAAUUAUUGUGUUUCGCUUUAAAAUGUCUAAAAGGAUUAUUUUCGCAGAAAAUCUUGGUCUUUCCUCUAGCGACGAUGAAGAAAAUAUAGGAGCAAUUGAGUUGGACAAGGACAUGUGCACGUCGUCUGAAAUUGAUAGCCUUUUUAAAAUUAAAUACAAAAUUGCUCAUGAGAUGUCGGCAACCAUGAAAAGGGAAUUCAUAAUGAAAUUAUGCACAAACACUUCGUUUACAAAAGUUGCCGCUGGCACUUCGGGCGCGACAGUGUACAUAUAUGACAUAUGCCAAGAACGAGGACUAAUAAAAUCUGCAUGCCUACCUUGCUCAUCCUCAAUCAGCGAUCAACCAGCAAGUAUAUGUGGACUUAAUUUCUUGAAUGAGGAUUCUAGCAUAUUGGUAGUAGGCACCACAGCCGGACACUUAUUCGUCUAUGAUGUGCGACAAAACUAUAGCCGGAUGAGUUUUAAAAGGGGACCCAAACAUUUAGAUGUUCCUAAAGAUUACCUUUGCUUGGAUCGAAACGCGAAUAGUCGUUUGCUUUGCGUGGGAACAGCAAACUAUCGCGAUAUGGUGCAAUUACUGUUUUUCGAUUUACGCCAACGUAAACUAAUGGGGUGCUAUUCUGAGAGUCAUCAAGGCGACAUGACCGAUAUAAAGUUUCAUCCCCAAAAUCCCGAUAUUUUAUGUACUGGAUCCGUCGAUGGUCUUAUAAACAUAUUUGAUCUUCACGAGACAUCAGAGGAAGACGCUUUGUUAACUACUUUUAAUUCUGAAAGUAGUGUUUACAAACUAAACUGGCAUAAAACUCUCUAUGAAAAGGACAUUAUUUCAUGUAUGACCACCACCAACGAUCUUAAACUCUACAAUAGUGAAGAGUAUGAUUUAGUUGCUGAAUUUGAAUGGCCUAAAAUUACUGAUGCGAUAAAACGCAAGGCGCCAUCAAAUUGCCAUCUAAUUAAUACGCACAGUACCUUAGACAAUAAGAUUUUUUCAUUAGUCGGGACAAAUUUUAAUAAGGGAGAAAUUCUACGUUCUGUGCAAUUGAAGGACCAAAUGAUACCGUUGGCUAACUUCAAGGGCAAUAAACAAAUUAUUCGCGACAGCGUUUUUGAAAUGAAUUCAAAUGCAUUAAUAACCGGAGGGGAAGGCGGCUUUUUAACAUUAUGGACGCAAGAAGAUCGAUUAAAUGAUUCAACGCAAAAUUAUUCACAAGAAUUAAAGCAUAAAAUUAAAAGGGGUUCUCAUAAAACAAAUCCAUAUUAACCAUUACAACCGACUUCUAGUAAUAACAUUAGAAUACAAUACGCUAAUAUGAAAAU